CGCGCUGGUGGGUAAGUAUGUAUACCUAGGUACCUAGGUAUCGACACCGGAACCGGCACCCGACCAAAGAGGUUAGCCCCGCGGCCCCAAAAUAAAUCACGGCUCCUCUUUUCAUCACCUCUCCAUGGUUUCCACGGUGCCACUGAGCGCCUAGACUCUCUCCCACCUCGCUUUUUUUCUACGCCCAACACCAUCCAAUAUUCCACCGCUCAAUCAUCCCAUAUCGUGCUGCAUACCUCAGGUGCGCAGACGCGGGGCCGUUGUCAUCCACUCAUCCAUCUAUCGCUUCACCCCUUCAGGUGCAGCAAAACCCUGACCAGGGUACCUACCUAGAUAGUUAUCAUGUCAGUCAUCAGGGGCACAUUGACUGGUGCAACGAGCAUGUCACGUGUGUUUCUAUUGAUUCUUCCAGAACCAGCCAGUCAAUCAAAACCCGUCCAUCCAUUCAUCUCAGUUGGACAGACAUGGUCACUGACCACUGCCCAUCACCCCAUCCCACCUGAAUCGUCACACCAAAUCAUAUCAUCGCUUGCUCUCGCGGCUGCACGUCCCAACCAGUACUGAGUGAGGGAUCCCCAAGCAAACGUCCUCCUCCAGGCGUUCAGGUACCUCGACACAUGCAGCUGCUGCCGGUAAUCAUUGCCUGCCUGGGUCACCACGCCCGUUAUUAGUCUUUUGCUUCCUGCAUGAGCGCCGCAGCCUCCUCCCCACACGGUACCACCAAAACAAAUAAUUUCCGCCCAGUGGAGACGGUCAUCCAGUCUUGUCACAAGUACUGACUUCUAUGCCUAUGCCUUGCCUUGCCUUGCCCUUGAGUACCUAGGUACUUACUCAGCCAUACAUGCUACUCGGUGCAAUGUACCCCAGAGUCCAUAGCCACAAUAGAACCUCGUAUGCACCCUCACUCCCAUCGGGAAAAAAAAACUUCACGGCCGCUGGCAGCUUACUUCAAAUGGCCCAUCAAGCGCAUAAAAGAUUGGCCGGAGCGGCAGGCAGGGUUGCGCUAUGUACCCAGGAGUAGUCAGCCGUCAUGUGUGCUUUUGGAGGGGCAACAACUUGUUUCGCGCCUCCAAGCUAUCGCAGAACGCCAAACUAAAAUCAGCAACCUAUGCUACACCCAGUACAUACAGCUUCGAACAUCGUGAUUGUCAUUCCAUCGUUGACACCCUCCCCAGCUGAGACUCCCAAUAUCAUCCACUACUCUACGGUGCCCAUAUACAUCGCUCACUCAACAUUCCCCCCCACUGCGCCUCUGCCUACGCGUCACUGCUCCAACAUCCAUACUAGUUGAUCGGCGACCAAGCCGAGCUUCGCCUUCAUCUUCAAGUGUCCUCUCACCUUCAUCGCGCUGGGCUUCUCGUGUUUGCGCUGAUAUAUAAGUAUUGCUACCCUUUGUUGCACACUGCCAACAAGAAAUGACGUCGACUCCGCCCCCACCAUACUCGGAAUACACUGGUGAAAGGGAUGCACCUGCUCCCCCACCAUUACCUCCACGCCUUCGUAGCAACAAUGCCAUCCCUCCGCCUUCAGUCGAACCUUCGCUCUCUGCCAUGUCGGCUACUGACCCGCGAUCUUCGUCAUCUCAGUCCUUGGUGCCGGAAAGUUCAGAAAGGGACGGUCGUCGUCGUUUACUCUUAGUCUACAUUCAUGGAUUCCAGGGCGACGAAACAAGCUUCAGGAGCUUUCCCGCUCACCUCCACAACAUGGUCACCAUCACCUUGUCAGACUCCCAUGUUGUUCACACCAAAAUAUACCCCAAGUAUCAGUCUCGUUACGCCAUUGCACAAGCCAGGGAUAACUUCUCAAACUGGCUUGCUCCACACGAAGAUCAAUGGACCGAUGUGAUACUUCUCUCCCAUUCUAUGGGCGGUCUCAUUGCCGCUGAUGUGGCUCUGCUAUUCCGACAUCGGAUCAUUGGAACCAUCGAAUUCGACGUCCCGUUUUUGGGCAUGCACCCUGGAAUCGUAAAAGCAGGACUGGGGAGCAUCUUCAAGCCUUGGCCGAUGCCCGACGAGACGGCUUAUGAGCAAUCUCAAUCCAACGGGAGCAAGCCAAGCCGAAUGAACACCCUGUUCAACCCUAAGCCAUCAGAUCCAAACUUCAACCCGUCCUUCCACAACGAUGUCCACUUACCCGUCAGAAAGGGCUGGGAAAAUACUCUCCAUUGGUUCAACAAGCACUCCAAUGGGAUCCGAGAGGCUGGUAAAAACCUGGUUUCGACACAUCUCGAAUUUGGUGGAGCCAUGGCAGACUUUAGUUCGCUCAAGGCCCGAUAUGCCAAGAUUCGAGCAUUGGAAGAGGACGACGAAGAACUGAGACGGUCUGUAAAUACAGGGCAUCCUCAUCCGCCCCGAAUCCGAUUCGUCAACUACUGGACCGCGAGUUUGGGAAGGCCAAAAAAAAGCAAAUCUCCAAAGCUCCCGCAGUCGCCCUCAGCUUCGACAAUGGACGUCCCACAGUCGCCCCCGGCUUCACAAAAUGAUGCCGCACAAUCUCUUCCACCUUCUACUGAGAAUGCCUCGCCUCUUGAUGUAAAGCCAGUGGAUACUUCAACGAUCGUUUCUACCGAAGAUGCCGCACCUCUUGAUUCAAAGCCAGUAGAUACUUCAUCGCUCGCUUCUACCUCGCAACUAUCGCUAAGCACCGACGAAUCCAGUCUCAGGCAGAUAAGUCCAAGGAUAUCUGUCGAGCAGCAUGUCGAAGGCGAAGUGAUACCUGUUACACCCCAAGAGCCUCCAUCUGCGACUGUCGAGCACACUGCAGACGGAAACAGUCGACCAGAACUUCCCGAAAUCCCACCGAUACCACAAGAACCACCAUUUGUUGAUUUGACGGAAUUCCCCGAUAGAGCGCACCGUCGGGCAGCUGAAAAGGAGCAUGAUCAAGCCCUUAAAAUGUAUCAUCAGGCUGUCAAGGCUAGGAACAAAGUCAUCAAUGAACGGGACAAGAUUGAAGAGAAAUGGGAAAAACAACAACGCAAGCAGCAGCAGCGUGAGGCUUCCAAUCUUGCCAAGCAACAGAAGGAGAAACAGAAGCAAGAGGACAAGGAAGACAGGGAAAGGGAGAAACAGGAGGAGAAAGAAGACGCAGAGAAGAGGCACGAGAACAGCCAAUACGAAACCGGCCUCGAAGCAGACGUGGGCGCAGUGCAGCUGGGCGAUCCGCGACCUUCGCAAAGCUCAAACAGCCCUUAUGGGAACUUCACCUUCUCCAGAAGCACCGUCAUGAACCAAGCCGACCCUAGCGAACAACGAGCCAUGCAAUCCAGGCCUUCCUAUAACGACUCAAUUCGCUCCGACUCCGUUUAUUCUCUUGGUACGGUCAGUAAUGCGGAUUCGCAUACGAACCCUGCCGAGCCUGCAAAGAAACGGCGGAUCCGCAAGUUUUGUAUACUCCCAUCCAAGGACGCAAACGGCAACAGAGACCCGACCUGGAUCAAGGUGGACAUGGGGGAGAUUGAUGAAGUGGCAGCACACACCACGCUAUUCUUCCUCUCUGACAGGUAUGAGCAGUUAGUAGGUGACGUGGGCGCGAGGAUAGAAGACUGGGUUCGGGAAGCGGAUGGCUUGAGAGCGGCACGAGAGAUGGAAGGCCUGUUUUGA